CAAUGUACAUUUUGUCCUCAGCAAUCUGGUGAGCUCCUGUCUCAUUUGUGUCAUGUUUAACCCCCUUUUGAUUUUUGGCGCAAAAAAAAAAAAAAAAUACAGCAAACUUCCGGCAACGAUCGCGGGGUUUUGGACCAAUAGCGUAUCAGAUCAGUUUGGUGGCAGGCGGGGUACUGAAGUGAUUUGCGUGUUGAGCGAUCUGAUCAGUCAUCGCCAUUAACCUGUGGAAAAUUUGUUACUGUAGAAGGAAUGAUGAGUAAAAGAACGACAAAGGGAGCAGCUAAGACAGCGUCUCAAAAUGCUGCUGAAAGUGCUGAGAAUGUUGCACCAACAGCUGCACAUGAGAUGGCCCUUUUAAGACAGCAGCUAGAAGCAGAAAAGGAGAAAGGUGCUUUGAAAGAUGACACUAUUAACCUCUUAAAAGAGGACAAGGCCUAUCUUCAGUCUGAAUUGGCUCGUAAGGACGAAUUUAUCCGAGAACUUGUUUCUAACAAGAAGGAGGAAAUCCCUGGUCCAAGUGGACACUCAGAUAUGAGCCAAACUCAACAUAAACGAAAGAAGACCAAGCAACUUGAAAAGUCUGAUGAAUCGGAUGAUGACUCCUCUGUACUGUCAGACUCCUCAGUUGAACUGCUAAAGAAGCCCACAGUGCGGAAACACAUGAGGCAAACAAUGGUACCCAAAAGUGAACAUGCGCGUGUGAGAGUGAAGAACACCAAAGGCAUUGUGGCAAGGUACAAACUGGCACUAGAGGCUUUCAAAAAGGGGAGCUCUAUGAAAGCUGCCUUUGAGAGCAUGGGACUUGACCGAGCUACCAUUGCCCGCACAGCAGUAGUUGCUGAACUAAAAAUUGCUGCUCCUGAGGCCUUUGACACCAUCCCUCCAUGGAAUGAGCGUGUAGAGAAACUCUCCACAUUUAUUGAAAGAUGCCGUGCUGCAAUCAGCAGUGACAUCAAAGAGAAAAUUUCCAAAAUGAAAAUAGAUGGAGAACUUUUGCCAAUAGCCAAUACUUUCUGA